CUGCUGCGCGCGCGUAUCGCCGGCGCUGCUGCUGCUCCUGGUCUUCGCGGCCGCGCCGCGGCGGCGGAGAAAAACCGCAUCUUCGUGGACCAGUGGAGUCCGACCCGCUCGGUGCUCUACAUAGCCGACGCGGACGGCUCGGAUCCGCGCAAGCUGCUGGCCGGUUCCGACCGCGACUACAACGCCUCGUUCUCCCACGACGGCGAGUGGGUGGUGUUCACGUCCGAGCGCUUCGGGUCGGCCGACAUCUUCCGCGUGCGCACCGACGGGCUCGGCCUGGAGCGGCUGACCGACCAUCCCGCGUUCGACGAUCAGGCGGCGUUGUCGCCCGACGGCACCCGGUUGGCGUUCGUCUCCACGCGCGAAAGCGGCUCAACGGACAUUCACAUCCUCGAUCUGGCGAGCGGCAAGGCGCGCAACCUGACCGACACGCCCGGCGGCGACUUCCGGCCGAGCUGGUCGCCCGACGGUGAAAUGCUGGCGUUCUCCUCCGACCGCGGCGCCGGUUUCCCGAAGGCGAAGGGGCGCUGGGAGCACGUCCACGCGGCGGGCGUGUACGUCGUGGGCGCGGACGGCGGCGGGCUGCGCAGGAUCUCGCAACAGGGGCGGCUCGGCGGCUCGCCCAAAUGGUCGGCGGACGGCCGGAACAUCGUGUUCUACGAGCUCGACGUGGGCGAUACGUUCCGGGCGCGCUGGGUGCCCGAGCAGCCCGGGGUGCACUCGCGCAUCGUUUCCGUCGACGUCGCCACCGGCUUCCGCACCGAGCAUGCGGCCGGCCGCGGCCUGAAGCUCUCGCCGCAGCUCCUGGGAUCCGGACGCGUUGGCUAUCUCCAGAAAUCGGGGCUCCACGCCGCGCUGAUGUUCAGCUCCGGCGAGAAGGGCAGCGAAGGGGACAUCGGGAACCCGUCCUGGUCGCCCGACGGCCGCCGGGUGGUGUAUCAGCAGGGGCCGAUUGCGACGACCGCGGCGCCGCGUGCGCCGGGCGAGGUGCUGGCGGGCAGCGACCCGGACUACGAGCUCGUGUAUGCGAGCGGCUUUCCCGCCGUGUCACCCGACGGGCGGCGGCUCGUCUGGUCGUUCGACGGCGAGUGGAUCGUGUUCGGCGUCGGCAACUACUUCCUGGCGCGGACGCGCCCGGCGCACCUGAUGAUGGUGCGCGCGGACGGGUCCGGCGGGCGGGUGCUCACCACCGGCGAGGGCAACGCCGGUUUCCCGAGCUUCUCGCCCGACGGCACGGAGGUGGUGUACGGCUUCUGGAGCGACAAGGCGGGCGGCCUGCGCGUCGUCACGCUGGCGGACGGCAAGGUGCGCACGCUGACGACCGGCUACGACAAUUUCCCCGUCUGGUCGCCGCGGGGCGACCGCAUUGUCUUCAGCCGGCUGGCGGACGACGACUUCGACAUCUACACCAUGCGGCCCGACGGCAACGGCGUGGCCCGGCUUACCACCUCUCCGGGCAACGACUCCCACCCGACCUGGUCCGCGGACGGCGCCCACAUCCUGUUCAGCAGCUCGCGCUAUGGCUUCAAGGACGAGGCGCCGAUGGCCGACAUUCCGCAGCCGUACGGCGAGCUGUUCAUCAUGAACGCCGACGGCUCGGAGCAGCGGGCGCUGACCGACAACCGCUGGGAGGAGGGCACGCCGGCGUGGCAGCCGGCGUCGCCGAAAAAAUAG